AUGAAUUUAUGGUAGUAGAAUCUUGGAAAAAGGCCAUUUCUCCUUCUUAUCCGAUCCUGAAAGAGUCAACACAUGAGAAAUGAGAAAGAUGGAGAACAAAACUCACGAAGAAGCUUCCAUCAUCAACGUUUCAUCCCUUACUUGCAUAGAUCUCGCCAACCCUAACUUUCAUCAAUCAGCUGCUUCGCUUAAGCAGGCAUGUCAAGAUUGUGGAUUUUUCUAUGUCACAAAUCAUGGUAUAAGUGAGGAGUUGAGGGAGAAUGCUUUUGCGCAAAGCAAGAAGUUCUUUGCUCUUCCUUUGGAGGAGAAGUUGAAAGUCUUGAGAAAUGAAAAACAUCAAGGCUAUUCACCCGUCCUUAGUCAAAUGUCCGACAACCAAAUCCACGGGGAUUUCAAAGAAAGUUUUUUCAUUGGAAUCGAAGGCUCCAUAGAUGGUGGUCUGCAUUCUCAUAUACCAUUUUGUCGCCCCAAUAUUUGGCCUAACCCUGAUGUUUUGCCGGGAUGGCGGGAUACCAUGGAGAAGUAUCAUCAAGAAGCAUUGAGGGUUUGUAAGGCUAUUGCUAGAGUAUUGGCAUUGGCUCUCAACGUCGAAGAAGAUUACUUUGAUAAACCGGAAAUGUUGAGAAAUCCGCUGGCAUUUAUGCGCUUGAUUCACUAUGAAGGGAUGUCUGAUCCCUCUAAAGGAAUAUAUGGAUGUGGGCCACAUUCUGAUUUCGGAAUGAUGACUCUCUUAGCUACCGAUAAUGUAAUGGGCCUCCAGAUAUGCAAGGAUAAAGAAGUGCAGCCUAGAAAGUGGGAAUAUGUACCACCGAUCAAAGACGCAUAUAUCGUGAAUAUUGGUGACUUGCUGGAGCGUUGGAGCAACGGCAUUUUUAAAUCCACAUUGCAUCGGGUGCUUGGGAAUGGUCAGGACCGAUAUUCCAUUGCAUUAUUCUUGCAACCGUGUCACGACUGUCUAGUAGAAUGUCUUCCCACAUGCCAGUCCGAAAACAGCCCUCCCAAUAAUGUGUGUUUAGAUAUCAAGCUAUCAAAUGUUCAACGUACCUAACCCAACGUUACCAGGAAUCACAAGUGGAUUUGAGCAUCAACCAAAAACAGACCUAAGUAUAAUAAUAAGUUUUUGGUUAUAGUUUGGUUUUCCAAACCCUUUUCCACGAUGUUUUCCAAACCCUUUUCCAAACCCUAAACCAUAAAUCUGUGGACCUCGAAUGGCAUCGUUUAAUGUUUGGAUUGUAUCGUCUUUUCUUUUUUAUAUGUAGUCAUGUACUUUUAUAUUUUAUAAAAUAUUAAAAAUCUUUUUCAUU